UGCGCCACCCAUUCCGUACCGGUGUGUUUCGUUCUAUCUGUCGCAGAAGGUAGACCCCGAAAUUGUGUGCCUUCCGGUCAGUGGCACUGCUUAGCUUAUGAGGUAUACAUUCGAGCAUUUGACCAUGUCGUCUCACGACGUCUCGUUGUUCUUGCUAAUUGUGUCCACGGAUUGGCCGCCAUGUAUGCUGGCAACGGGAAGUCCCACAGAUGGUCAGAGGCCUUUUGCCAGAAGAAGACAAACUACGAACAACUUCACGAUCGGCAAAGGUAACUCAGUACCAUAUAAAGAUAACCUCGUCUGCUCCUUGGUCAUAUUGAUCUAGCUAUCUCGCAUCUUGAAAGAUCAAGAACCUGAGCGGCUGUCAACACCUUAUUAAAGUUCGUUUGUCUUUGCAAUUGCCUGCACUCCUCUAUGCUCAUUCAUGCAAAGAUGAAGUUGAUCGCUGCUGAGUCCAUACCUUCGCUAUACGUGCUAAAGUACUGUGACUACCAUGCAGGGUUACUAAUAACAUUG